ACAAACAACAAAAAAAAAAUGAAAAGAAGCAUACUCCUUGUCCGACGUGAAAACCCUCCUUCUCUUAUUGUUUCUCUCUCUGUUUUUUCCCCUCUGCUUCGAGAAAAUACAAUAGUCCGUUUAACGUAGAGCUCCCUUCAGUCUCAUACUUAUAUAUAGUUUUGCAACUUCUGUAUGCUUAUCUUUCUCUCUCUGGCCCAAACUUGGAGUUUUCAAUCGGUUUUUACCUGGAUUCUUGGUAAUUCGUGGCGGGAGAGUGAAAUUGGCGGGAACCAGCGGUCGGUUUUGAGGUUCUAGGAAUUGGGUUCUGCUGGGAUUUGCGUUUGGAAUUGAACUUGAGAUUUCGGUGUGUAUUUUUUUAGUGGAUUCCAUGGCUAACCCGUCUGGAAACCAUCAAGAGGCAUCGUCGUCUUCGUUCAACGGCCACGUGGCCGCUGGUGGGAACACGAGCAACGGGAAUUCAGGUGCGCCGCCGGACAACCAGUCCAUGAAGCACAACCCGGGAAUCUCCUUGGACUGGACCGUGGACGAGCAGGCCACACUCGAAGAAGGGCUCGCAAACUUUUGUUCGGAAUCAAACAUAAUACGCUAUGCAAAGAUAGCUAUGAAACUGCCAAAUAAGUCGGUUCGGGAUGUGGCAUUGCGUUGCCGAUGGAUGACUAAAAAAGAGAAUAGCAAGAGACGGAAGGAUGAACAUAAUUUAACAAGGAAAAACAAAGACAAAAAGGAAAGAGUCAUUGAUUCUUCAGCUAAGUCAUCUCCCUUUGCGGCACGACCCAAUGUUCCCCCAUACGCUCCACCAACAAUGGAUAAUGAUGAUGGCAUCUCAUUCAAAGCUAUUGGUGGUGUGACGGGAGAUCUUCUGGAGCAAAAUGCACAGGCCUUACAUCAAAUUUCAUUAAACCUUACAGCUAUGCAGCUACGGGAAAACACGAGUCUCUUCUGUCAAACUCGCGAUAACAUCCACAAAAUAAUGAAUGACUUGAGCUUGAAUGACACGCCAGAAGUAAUGAAGCAAAUGCCACCACUUCCAGCGAAGUUGAAUGAAGAGCUAGCUAACUCCAUCCUUCCUCUCACAAACCUUCCAAUGCAACCAUGAUCAGCCUUAUCCAUACCUAGGUUUUGGAUCUAUCCCCCAAGGCCUGUUGCACAGCCUCUCAAUCGAAUGAUGGUCCUGCCUCAACUGGGAUCUUUCAAUGAAAUCCUGACAUCCAAACAAGGAAAAUAAUUCUCUACCAAAUUGGCCAUGGUGGUCCCAAUCCAAAUAUUGUCUGACCCAAUUGUUGUGUGCAGAAAGGCAGUAUUUAUUUGUCUUUGUUAAUGUUCUUGUUUCGUUCUAUAAAUUAUUUUGGAUAGUUGGACUGUCACUUGGGCUUUUAUAAAUUAGGGAAUAAGGAUUCUUUUGUUAUCUUUUAGUAAAAACUAGGGAAUGAAGAGUAAAAAUUUGUAUCAUUUUGGAUGUUUUUAUGAUGAUGUAAUUAGUUCUU